GCGGGCGGCGCCUCCGCAUUUCGAACCGAAGAAGGAAAAAAAAAGGAUCGCGAAAGAAAUAAAAAAAAAAUCCACCGUCUUCUCGUGGUCUCCUCAUCCUCCAAACCCUAGCUUCCCACGUCCCCACCGGCCCACCCCCGCCCCACCUCGCCGACGCCGUCGCGUCCCAUGGCGAAGUCGCGGCCGCCUAAGCGGAUCCUCGAGUCUUACACCAUCAAGGGCUCCGACAAAGUCAUCAAGCCUGGGGAUUGUGUGCUAAUGAGGGCAUCUGAUGCAUCAAAGCCACCAUAUGUGGCAAGAGUUGAGUCGAUUGAGGCAGCAGGAUCUCGAGGCACAAAUGUAAGAGUGCGGGUGCGGUGGUAUUAUCGGCCAGAGGAGUCCAUUGGUGGGAGGCGACCUUUUCAUGGUUCCAAGGAGGUGUUCCUCUCUGACCACUAUGAUAUGCAGAGUGCUGACACCAUUGAGGGGAAGUGCAAUGUCCACAGCUUCCGUAGCUAUACAAAGCUUGAUUCUGUCAAUGCUGAGGACUACUUCUGUCGCUUUGAGUAUAAAUCAGCUACAGGAAGCUUCGUGCCCGACCGCAUAGCUGUGUUUUGCAAGUGUGAGAUGCCGUACAAUCCUGAUGACCUUAUGAUCCAAUGCGAGGAAUGUUCUGACUGGUUUCACCCUGCUUGCAUUGGAAUGACUAUCAAAGAAGCAAAGAAACUUGAGCAUUUUUUCUGCCAGAGCUGUACGGCUGAAAAUGGAAAGAUGACCGAGAAUUCUCACGAAGCUACAGCGCAAUCAGAAGAAAAGGCUUGGCUGCAGGAGCGGGCCAUCCUGUGUUGCAGUCAAACCUGUACCGAACCCCCGUCUAAAGGAACAUUGGAUAAAUACCACUGCAAAAUAUUCAAUUUUGAAAGUGCUACUGGCUGAGCAGGUGGAAUCAAAGAGACGGAGAAGGUGACGGCCCUGCCGAUUAAUUUAUGAAAUGCUGCACGGUUGUACAAAGCCUCUGAGAACUGUAAUGCUAUUUGUCUUCGUCGCAGUUUGUGGCUCUGGGGUCUCUCUAAUGUCAGGCACACGGUGUACAUAGCUUGCAACCUGAGAUUGUUGUAUUAGUGCACAGUAGGAUUUGCGUGGUACUGUCGGAUUGCCGGAGUAUGAGAAGAGUAUGGCAGCAUACCAGCAUCAGGUGAUCAAGCUCCCUCUCGGCAUUAGGGCUCCUGCAUGAUCCAGCAAUAAUACUUCCAUGCAACUGGGCCUGGACAGCCGUCGUGUCCGUUCUCCAAAAACUUUGUAUCGUCAUGUGAACUUUUUUUUUUCUCCCUGUAAUGCAGGCAUCUUAAUUUGGUACUUGCAAGUUACUCCUGGGAAACCCUACUCGCCCCCCAUUUUCUGUGGUUGCAUAUUUGCAUGACUCAGCACGUGUCUAAAGUUUGGUUGGAAGAAAAGUUAUCAAGUUGGGAAUUUAGAUUGUUAA